AUCGACUGUAAAUAUUGCAGGAUCGCACAGACGCACACCAGUUUCUCACUCUUCUUCCGGGUAGAUAAGUGCAGUCAGGUGUCGCCUUCCUCCUCUGCGACUUACCGCUGUCAUCAUGGCGAAUGUUCUCACAUCAUCCAGCAGACCUUACCAUUUGGUGAUCUUCGGAGCCUCCGGAUUCACGGGACAGUUUGUGGUGGAGGAGGUGGCCCGGACGGCGUCCGAGGGUCCGCGAGGGAACCUCAAUUGGGCCGUGGCUGGAAGGAGCAGGCAGAAGUUGGAACAAGUUUUGGAGCAGGCGGCCUCUGUCCUCGGAAAGCCCGAGCUGAGGACCGAAGUGGACAUCAUUGUUGCAGAUGUAGAGGAACCUGACUCUCUGGCAGCUAUGUGCAAGCAGGCUGUCAUUGUUCUCAACUGUGUGGGGCCUUACAGGUUCUUUGGUGAGCCAGUGGUUAAAGCCUGUGUGGAGAAUGGAGCUCAUCACCUUGACAUCUCUGGGGAACCUCAGUUUCUGGAGGGCAUGCAACUGAACUACCAUAAUCUGGCAGCUGAAAAGGGCGUGUACAUCAUCGGAAGCUGCGGAUUUGACUCCAUACCUGCUGACAUGGGGGUCCUGUACACCAAGGAGCAGUUCAAGGGUACUCUCACUGCAUUGGAGAGCUUCCUGACUGUCGAUGCUGGCCCGGAUGGAGGAUGCAUCCACGAUGGCACGUGGCAGUCAGCCAUCUACGGCUUUGCAGACAGCCAAAAUCUUCAGAGUCUUCGCCAGAGGUUUAACUACAAACCGUUGCCUUCUGUUGGCCCCAAGCUGAAACGCAGGGGUACGCUGUUCUACAGUAAUGAGAUCCAGCAGUACACAGUGCCCUUCAUGGGUUCUGAUCCGUCAGUUGUCAAGAGAACACAGCGGUUCCUGGUGGAGGAAAAUCAAGACACUCCGGUGCAGUAUGGAGCCUAUGCAGGCAUUGGUGGUAUUGGUAACAUCAUCAAAUUGAUGUUUGCCGGCAUGAUGUUCUGGUUCUUGGUCAAGUUCACUUUUGGACGAAACUUGCUUGUCAAGCACCCAGAGUUCUUCUCUUUUGGACUCUUCACCAAGGCUGGACCAACUCGGAAGCAGAUGGAAUCGUCCUCAUUUCGGUUUGCUUUCUAUGGAGUCGGUUACACAGAGGGUCUGGAUCCCACCCAGGGGAAACCCAAUGGCAAGAUUUGCACCCUGGUUCAAGGACCGGAAUGUGGCUAUGUGGCCACACCCAUUGCUUUAGUGCAGGCAGCUCUGACAAUCCUCAACGAAUCAAAAGCCUUGCCCAAGAGUGGAGGAGUAUAUACACCAGGAGCUGCCUUUGCAAAAACCACCCUGAUCAAGCGUCUCGACAAGCAUGGCAUCCAGUUCUCCGUCAUCUAAUAAGGUUCCUUAUACGACGAUGGGCUCCAGGUUUUACUUGAAGCGUUGCAGAAUAACAGCUCGAAUGUUUCCAAUUCAGGAAAGCUCCGUCAACAUUGACAAAUUACGUUCCAACAACGCUCUUGUAACUUUUUUUUUUUUUUUUUUGCACUUAUUUUUCUGCAGAAUGCAACAUUAACAACUCACCAAUCGCAAAGAUCGGCACUUAGCAUGAUUAAGUACUGGCAUGAUCUUUAGAUACAAUCCAGGAUUUUCUUCUCAUACAAUCUAUAUUACUUUUAUUUGAACAUGACAGCUUUGUAAGCACUGGGAAAGCAGUUUGUGUGCUGUAGAGAAGAGCGGCCUCGCGUGUGUGUCUAUAUGCAAACUUUUGUUAAAGGCACUUACACUUGUUUUGGUAGAUAAUCACCAUAGUUAUCUUGUCCAAAUAUGUGCUCAUAAGAAUGAGUGUUAAUUAGUGCACAAACUGAAAUAUUCCUAUGAAACUUAUGUUGCUUUUGUGGUCUGGAGUGAUGUCAAAGAGCGUGUUGAUCUUACUCCAGAGUUGUUGGUAUCCACAUGUGAGUGAAGUGUGCGGAUAGCAGGUUUAGUGUGUGUGUGUGAUGCAUUUUGCUGUGUGCUAAAUAAAGCCGGCUCCUCAAACAGA